AUGUUACUGCGAUCCUACCGUCGUUCCUCCCUUCAACGCCGUCUCCUCCGCCUGAUUUUCUAUGCCCUGCUCGCAUUCUUUGCCCUUGACUUGCUCACCAUCCUUAAAAACCACCGCGAAUUCGCCCGCAACUUACUCAGCCACACAUACACCUCCCCGUCACUUCUCCCGACGCCAAUACAAAAUCAAAAGAUCUUCAUCGUCGCGCAGUUCUGGACGAACGCACAUGUCAUCUCUGAGCGAUGGGGGCAAGCUCUUCUCGAUCUGGUAGGGGUGCUUGGGAAGGAGAAUGUCUACGUGAGCAUAUACGAGUCAGGGAGUCUGGACAACACAAAGGAAGUCCUGAAAAUGCUGGACGAUGUGCUGGGCCAGAACAACAUCCCUCAUCAGACGGUCUUAGAUCCCACUACGCAUGCAGAUGAGAUCAACGCCGGUCCGCUAGAUGAUCAGGGAGUUCCCCGGCAGGGCUGGAUCCAGACCACGAGUGUGGGAACGCAAUGGGGUAAAGAGUUGCGGAGGAUUCCAUACCUCGCCCGCCUACGGAAUACAUCUCUAAAUCCUCUCUUCAGACUUCGCGACGAACAAGGCCAGAAGUUUGACAGGAUCCUGUUCCUCAACGAUGUCGUCUUCCGCCCACAGGACGUCCUUACACUCUUAGCCACGAACCAAGGCUCGUUUUCCGCUGCAUGUGCCCUGGAUUUCCAUCUCCCACCGGCCUAUUACGAUACCUUCGUGCUAAGAGAUUCUGAAAGACUGACCACAAUCCAAACCAUAUUCCCCUAUUUCCGGUCUCAAGAGUCUCGCGAGUCCAUGCUCAAGGGCCUCCCCACCAAAGUCUCAGCAUGCUGGAAUGGGAUGAUUGUGAUGGACAGCACACCUUUCUACGACGGGCUUCGAUUUCGUGCACUGAGCGAUAGUCUUGCUAGCAAACACCUGGAAGCAAGUGAAUGCUGUCUCAUUCAUACAGACAUGAACCUGACAAACCCCGGCUCCGGCGACCGCAUCUACGUCAACCCGUCGGUACGCGUUGGGUACACUGUGGAAGCCUACAACGCUACCCACACUGGCCCUGACGAGAACUUCGUUUCUGCAACGCAAUACGUCAAGGGAGUGUGGACAAAUCGUCUCAGAAGGAAAGUCUUGCCACGUGAGACGCAGACUAUGAAGGAGGUUAAAAGGAAAAUGGAAAGGUGGGUCAAGGAAGGAGAGAAUUCUCUGGAGAUCCGAGAGGAGACUGGGGCUUUAUGUGUUAUUGACGAGCAGCAUAUAUUGAUCUGGAAUGGGUGGAAGCACGUAUAA